AUGAAUCAGGAUGACACUGAUAAUAAGUUGAAUGAUCAAGAACAUAGUGAAUUGAAUGAACUUCACAAUAAAGAUCCAAAAGAAUCUGAAAAUGAUAAAGGUGAAGCCAGUAUGCCUAAAAAUGACAGUGAUGUAAACAUAAAUCAAGAGAUCUUGUUUCCUUUAAAUGUUGAUGAUCCAGGAAAUUGGGACAAAAUUCCAAAUAUUAGGGACUUUCUAGUUGAAAGAGGUCCUAAAAGAGAUGAUGGUAUUUUGUUUCCUCUUGAUAAUACCGGAAGACACUUCAAUCCAUCACAUUAUAAGAGGCAGUUGUCAAAUGGUGAGAAAAGUGAUAGAAGAUGGUUAGUGUAUUCUAUUUCAAUGGACAAGGUCUUCUGUUUCUGUUGCAAAUUAUUCAAGACUCAAAGAACCACAAUGAAACUUGGUCAUCUAGUUGAUGAAGGAUACAAAGAUUGGAAGAAUAUCAGUCGAUGUCUCAGUCUUCAUGAAACUAGUAGAGAUCAUAUUGAUUGCAUGACUAGUUGGAUCGAAUUAGAAACAAGACUUCGAAAGAAAAAAACAAUUGAUGAAAAUAUGCAAGUAGCAAUUAACAAAGAGAGAGAACAUUGGAAACAAGUAUUGAAAAGAAUAAUUGCAGUUGUGCAAAGAAUUGCAAAAAAUAAUUUGGCACUCCGGGGAGAUAAUGAGAAGCUUUAUGUUGAGAAUAAUGGAAUCUUUUUGCAGCUAAUUGAAAUGAUUGCUGAAUUUGAUCCAAUAAUGGAGGAACACCUUCGGCGUGUUCAAGAAAAACAGAUUCAUUACACUUAUCUUGGGCCCAAAAUCCAAAAUGAAUUGAUACAGAUGUUGGCGGCUGAAGUAAGAAAUUCAAUUGUUGCAAAAAUUAAACAUGCAAAGUAUUUCACUGUCAUACUUGAUUGUACUCCAGAUGCAAGUCACGAGGAGCAGAUGUCCCUUGUAAUUAGAUGUGUGGAUGAUUCAGAAAAUGCAAUAGCGAUUGAAGAAUUUUGGAUAGGAUUUUUAAAAGUUAAUGAAACUUCAGGGCUUGGGCUUUUUACAGAGCUUAAAAAUAUUUUGAGCAAUCUCGAACUUGACAUUGAUAAUAUAAGAGGUCAAGGAUAUGACAACGGAUCUAAUAUGAAAGGAAAGCACAAGGGUGUACAAAGUAGAUUACUUGAAAUUAAUCCUAGAGCUUUCUACACUCUAUGUGGAUGUCAUAGUCUUAAUCUCACAUUAUGUGAUAUGGUGAAAUGUUGUCCUAAAGCAAUGUCUUUUUUCGGUGUUAUACAACGCAUAUAUUCGUUAUUCUCUUCUUCUACCAAGCGGUGGCAAAUCUUCAAAGAUCAUGUGCAAGGUCUUACAGUCAAGCCAUUAUCACAAACACGAUGGGAAAGCCAUGUUGAAAGUGUGAAGCCCAUAAAAGAUCAAACUUCAAAAAUACGAGAUGCUUUAAUUGAUUUAGCAAACAUUUCUGAUGACUCAAAAAUAAAGAGCGAAGCUGAGGGUUUGGCAUCAUUCGAACUUGAGAAUUUUGAAUUUGUGUCUGGAAUGGUAAUUUGGUACAAGUUGUUAUAUGAGAUUAACAUUGUUAAAUUUAGAGAAUCUGGAUUUGAUCAAGCAUUGAUCGAAGCUGAACAUAUUGCAAGUGAAAUGGGAAUUGAACCUAUUUUUCGUGAAAAACGCAUCAUUCGAAGAAAGAGACAAUUUGAUGAAAUCAACAGGGAAGAGGUAGCCCAGACUCCUAAAGAAUCUUUUCGAGUUAAUUACUUCUUAUUUAUAAUUGAUCAAGCACUUUCUUCACUUCAAACUCGGUUUGAACAAUUUCAAAAAUAUGGUUGCAUCUGCCGAAAGGAGUUUUUCCAAGUUGAAAUUGAUCAAAACUUAUCUCCGAUCACCUAUGUCACAAGAAAGACUAAAUGGCUUGGCUAUGUUAUCUAUCGAGAAAAAAGUGGUUGA